AUGGGUUACACUUGUGAUUUCUGUGGAGCACAAAGGUCUAUGGUGUACUGUCGAUCUGAUGCAGCCUGUCUAUGUUUGUCUUGUGACUGCAAUGUCCACUCUGCAAAUGCUCUUUCACGACGCCAUUCAAGGACACUAUUGUGUGAAAGAUGCAGUUCACAACCCGCAUUUGUCAGAUGUGUCGAAGAGAAGAUAUCUCUUUGUCCGAACUGCGAUUGGAGUGGGCACGAUGGAUCUAACUCGGGUUCCACACAUAAAAGGGAACCACUUAAUUGUUAUUCUGGUUGCCCUUCGGCUUCAGAACUUUCUACUAUUUGGUCAUUUCUUUUAGAUUCCCCUUCUGUUGGUGAUUCUGCUUGUGAGCAGGGAAUGGGUGCAAUGAGCAUCAAUGAUAACUGUCCGAGGAACUCCCAAGGUGCCUCAGGGAAUAAUAACAAUCAAGAUAUGUCUGUCGCAGUUGAAGGGAGUGACUUUCAGAAUGCCGAUAACUCAAAAGUUUGGACAUGUGUCAUGGGUUCAUCCUCAGUGCCUCAACUUGACACCAGGCUACAUAAUAUAGACCAAACAAUGGGAUCCACAAAUUCUGUCUCACCAAAGCUUUGCUGUUCUGGAACUAAAGGGCCUGGACCAUGUGAAGAUGAUGAUUUUUAUGAGGACUUUAAUAUGGAUGAAGUUGACUUAAACAUUGAGAACUAUAAAGAACUUUUUGGUGUAACUCUUAAUAAUUGGGAACAGCUUUUUGAGAAUGAUGGGAUAGAUAGCUUGUUUGGUAUGAAGGACAUGUCUGGUGCCGAUUCAAACUGUCAGGGUGCAUAUGUUACCCAGGGCUCGUCAAUUGGACGAAUAAAUGCAAUGCAGCGAGCAUGCAGCAAUGCAGCAUCUGCUGAUUCCAUGAUGAGCUGUAAGACAGAACCAAACCUCUGUUUUCCUAGGCAAGCCCACUCCACUCUUUCAUUUUCUGGCCUCACUGAGAGUAGUACGGGAGAAUAUCAAGAUUGUGGAGCUUCUUCAAUGCUUCUCAUGGGAGAGCCUCCAUGGUGUCCCCCUUGUCCUGAAAGUUCCUUCCCUUCAACUAGCAGGAGUAGUGCUGUUUUGCGUUAUAAGGAAAAGAAAAAGGCGCGCAAAUUUGAGAAAAAAGUGAGGUAUGCCUCUCGCAAGGCUAGAGCUGAUGUAAGAAAGCGGGUGAAGGGACGCUUUGUCAAGGCUGGUGAUGUUUAUGACUACGACCCACUGAGUAAGACUCGAAGCUGUUGAGAAUGCAGUUCGUUAUUAUGCAUGAAGAAAGAGAUGAUCAAAUCUGAAACCGGAUUACUGGAUGCUUUUUACUCAAAUGACAUAUUGUCUGAUUGUAUCACCAGGGUCUGGGUUGUGUUCAAUGGAUAAAGGUGGAUGUGGAAAGCUGAUUCCACAGCAUCACUGCUGAAAUUCAAUACAAGAAGUUCUUUGAUCCAUCAUCAGAAAAGAAAAGAUGGAUCGUAACAUAAACUGACAAUGUAAAUUUACGCUGCUCAAGAGCAGCAAGCCAAAUUCCUCUCUCUGUUACACGGGACAAAUUCAAAACGUCGACCUUUUCGAGAGAAUGAGCAUCCAUCAACCUCCAUGGUCCUUCAUUAAUGUGGGUGUUUAUUCUAUCAACUUCAUAUCUUCUGUUUCUUCCUGCUCCUAAUCGCAUCAUACACUGGGGAUGUUGGAAUGGUGGGACGAAAAUUUGAUUAGCAGCCAAGAUAUGAAGAUUCUAGUUGUAACAUAUCAUUUUGUUGUUGUCAUGAAUACAUAGGAUCGGUUCUUAAGCCUUUCGGAGGCAUGAUGGGUGACGAGAUGUGGUCGGAAAAACUUUUUUCCUGAUUUUCUUUUUACUGAUGACAUGUACAUCAGAAAUAAUGUUUACACAGCUGAGAAGGGACAUCAAUCUGUAAUAAUCCUAUUAUAUAAAUCGUGGAUG